UUAUAUAUUUUUCGAAACGGGAUAGUGAUUAUUAGAAAAUUGAAUUGAAAAUAUAUUGAAUUGAAAGUGAAGCUGGUGUUAAGUGAAAAAAAUAUUGAAAUAACAAUUGAGAAAGCUGUGAAAAAUUGAAGUGAAAUUUUUGAUGUUAAGAAAUGCCUCUCCUUAAAAUUGACUUCAUCAACUAAGUGAUUCCAUACAGGUGGAACACUUCAAAUCGAAGGACCAAUAAAAUUGUAGUGUUUGACUCAGGCAUUCCGAAUACUAACUACCACGAUGUUCGGACGGAACAUCCCCACUAUAGCGCUAUAUUUGAUAAUCACCACAACACUAUGCAGAGCGGCUCCCGAACCAUUUAGCUGCAUGAGCUAUUUGGAAGAUGAUGGCAUACUGCUCGAAGAAGAGGAAGACAGAUCGGAUAAAUCCUAUAUAGAACCACCACAAUUUGAUGUGGGUGGUCUAACGUCAAAGGAAUACAGUCGUGUGAAUGAGGAGACGGAAAAGAGCCAGGAGGCAACAAUCCACUUACGGGUCUGUCCACCGGAAUUUACAUUCUGCUUUUCACUGUGGCGCAAGACCGAAAAUGGCUCGAAAAUUGAAAAACAAGGAUGCUGGAAAGAUAGUACCGAGGGAAAUGGCAGCUGUAGCCAUGCAGAGUGUGUGAGCUCAUCACCCACCUUGCGCAACAAUUCUCUGUAUUAUUGCUGCUGCUCAGGCAAUGCCUGUAAUCGCAAGGUGGCAGUGGUGGAACCAUCAUUCCUGGAGCUUUCUAAGAACAAUUAUGCCGACUCGAAUCCCCCCGAAACCCAUGAGAAGUUGUAUUGGUCCAAAUCGGCCAUCUGGUUGGGAAUGUUGGCCAUAAUUAUGGUCGUCACGGUGAUUUCCAGUUUUAUCUAUUGUCGCAGUGUUCGUGAGAAACCAAUUCCGGAAGAGGCUCCCUUGGCACCAUCGGGCCCAGGCUAUAGUUCGAAUUUACGAAAUGUGGAUAAUUUAAAUUUGAUUUGUAUGCUGGACAAGGGGAAAUAUGGAACGGUGAUGAAGGGUUUGCUGCAUGACCAGGAGGUGGCGGUGAAAAUAUUCCCAGAGGCCCAUCAGCAGUAUUUCAUAAAUGAGAGGAAUAUCUAUUCGUUGCCGUUGAUGGAUUGUCCGGCUUUGCUGACGUAUUUUGGUUAUGAUGAACGCCAUACCCUGGAGGGCAAGGUGGAAUACCAUUUGGUCUUGUCCCUGGCUCCCUUUGGCUGCCUUCAAGAUUGGCUGAUACCCAAUGCCAUGAAUUUCGAAACCUUUUGCGGUAUGGUGAAGAGUAUUACCCGAGGCCUGUCGCAUUUGCAUACGGAACUGCGUCGCGGCGAUGACCACAAACCCUGUAUUGCCCACAGAGAUUUGAAUACCCGUAAUAUUUUGGUGAAAUCCGAUCUCAGCUGUUGUAUAGCUGAUUUUGGUUUUGCCCUGAAAGUUUUUGGUCCCCGCUAUGAAUAUAAGGGAGAAAUUGCAGAGGCUGAGACGAAGAGCAUAAAUGAAGUGGGGACGCUGAGAUAUAUGGCUCCCGAGCUCUUGGAAGGGGCUGUUAAUCUUCGGGACUGUGAAACUUCGUUGAAACAAAUGGAUGUUUACGCCCUGGGUUUGGUGCUGUGGGAGGUGGCAACACGCUGUUCUGAUUUCUAUCCCCCCGGGCAGCCAACACCACCCUAUAAAGCUCCCUAUGAACUGGAGGUAGGUUCCCAUCCUUCCUUCGAUCAAAUGCAGUCUUUGGUUGUGCGACAUAAGGCCCGACCUCUGUUCCCUGCCGGUUGGGGUGGGGGUCCAGCUGUGAAGUUGAUACGUGACACCUGUGAAGAUUGUUGGGAUCAUGAUGCGGAGGCCCGUCUCACCUCGCUGUGUGCCGAGGAGCGUAUGCAUGAGGCAGCCUCCAUUGGUAUGCGUCUCAAUGGCCAUCUGCCGGCAACCACACCCCUGCUAAGUACCAAUAACCUAUCAAAUGGCCUCCAUGAGUCCAUGGAUCACAAUCACAAGCCGAGGUCUCCCACAAAUGUGGACCCCAUGGUGGCGGAAACAAAUACCGUUCUGAAUCCUCCACCCAAUAAGAAAAAUCUACCCUAUGAGGUGAAUAACUGUGAGAGGCCUUCGACGACGGAAAAGAAUCAUUUGAUACAGCCACAGCAGCAAAUACAGCCAUAUCAGGGGAGGAAUCCAUGUCAGGAACGCAAUCUGGCCCCCUCCUCCAUGAAUUGUCCCCAGCAAUUGAUUCAACGCAGCAAGAAACAUAGCUUUCAAACACCCACUGGGGAGGAGAAUAGCUUCUCCUGUCUGGAUGAUGAUGUUUCGGUGGAGGAAUUAAUUGCCGCCAGGAGUUCCAAGAAAUUCCCCUCCCUCGAACAUGAGGAACAUAAUCCCAUUAACAAUGGCACGGCCACACACAUGGGCCAGGGAUUUCCCAAACAACAGAAUACCGAACGUAAACUCAAAGGAUGGCAUGGAGUCCGAGCUCUGAUACAAAAGAAACUCUUUCGCAAGGCAGACAUUGCCCGCCUGGAUGCCUUCCGGCAAUUAAAUGGCGAUGAGAAAUCCAAUUUGGUGGAGAAAAAUCAUCAUCACCAGAAUCAUCAGCAGCCGCAACAACAUCACAGCAAGCCAGUGGUGAUAAGUUUUAUAGAUCGGGAGAAGGUAAAUUGUGGCAAAAGCAAUUCUGUGACGCUACCCGAGCCACCUCACCAAAACGGCUAUGCCGUGAAUAAACGACCCAAUAACCUGGACCUAAGUCCGGUCAAUCAAACCAAUGGCUUUAAGCUGACACCCCAGAAUCCCAUCACCACCAUUGCCGAGGAAACGGACAUCAAUGAUGAUGCCUCCGCCACCACGGACAAUGUUGAAUAUCGCCUCAAAAGUUUAGACAAACGAAAGUCCACACCUGCCCACAAUGUUGUCUCCCGCUCUAAGUCGUCGAAUUUAGUGAAAUCUUUAAAUAGCUCCAACAACAAUCUCCAUGAGGCCGAGCUGAAGGCUCUCAACGAUGCAGUGAUUUUGAGGAAUCAUUCGGCCUCGGAGCCUCAGUUUCGGCGCCAACGUAGCCUUGAAGUAUUCCGCGAGGUAUUCAAUGCCCGCGGCAGUAAUGAACGUCUCCGUGAUCCUAGUCAACGGGUAAAGACGCCCGGUGAUGUACCGCCAUCUGUACGCAAAAUACGGGCCUCGAAAACCCUGAGUCUCUACGAUGAUCGCAUGAUGGACUCAUCACUGCUCAAUGUGCUUUAGCAUGAAGAAGUUCUGCUUCUUGAAUUGUAGAAGCAGAACUAUUGAGAUUUUUGCACUUUCUCACUCUCUGUAUUUACAUUUCAAGCCAUGUCUGUCUGUCAGUCUGUCUUUGUGACUAAUCUAAGUAUGAAUUAAAAAAUUCAAAUCAUAAUCAUUUGUAGAUCGAAAUAGUUAAUCGAGUAUUUGUAUAUUUUUAUUUAUUUUUGUAAUCCACAAUUGCCCCAUUAAAAUACUCAUAAUCAUAUUCGUAUAUAGAGAUAAAGAUAUGUAUAUCACAAUAUGGCAUCUCAUAUCUCAGAUCCCCUCACACACACACACUCACAUCUACAUACACAAUUGUAUAGCUCUUAAGAUAUAUACACCAUGUACACAUGUAUGCCGUAUAACAAAAAAAAUAAUCCAUAAAUUUCAUUGAGGUAAUGUUCGAUCAGGACCAAGGCAAAUCAUAGGACGGAUAUAUGAGGCCUCUCGUAACGAGAAUGUAAUUGAAGUUGCCCUUUUUCGAUUUAUUUAAAAGGUGGAAAAUGUCCUUCCAAAAUUAAAAAAAACCCACUCGGACUCAUUUACAUAUUUUUUCAGUAUUGUUGUCAUCAUUCACCUGAAUAGCUUUUUCAUACCCUUCACCAUUUAUUGAUCGGCAUAAAAUUCUAUGUCGAUUAAGCGAGGUCCGUCUGUCUAUACGUCUGUGGAAAUCGCUCUAGCUUCCAAACGAAAUAAGGAAGGUUGAUGAAAUUUCACCCAAAUGUGUAUUAUGUCUGAAGGACUUUUGAUAUUGAAAAUGGGUCAUGUAGGUCCACGUUUUGGUAAAGCCCCCAUAUAAUGGUACCUCCCGAUAUUCGGUACUUUGAUUAUUUUAGCGACAUUUUUUUACCGGAAUUGUUUCAAAAUUAAUAUUUAAAGUUCGUAAUAGAUGCUACAGCAUAAAACAGAAAAUGGUCUAUGUAGGUUCACGUCUUCGUAUAGCCCCCAUGUAACGGUACCCCACGAUAUUCGGUAUUUUGAUGAUUUCAGUGACAUUAUUCACCGGAAUUGUUUCAAAUUUGAUAUUUGAAGUUCGAAACGGAUGCUACAGCCUAAGACAGAAAAUUUUCUGUGCAGGUCCACGUCUUCAUAUAGCCCCCAUAUAACGGUACCUCCCGAUAUUCGGUACUUUGAUGAUUUUAGCGACAUUUUCACCGGAAUUGUUUCAAAUUUAGUGUUUGAAGUUCGUUACGAAUACUGCAGCCUAAGACAGAAAUUGUCUGUGCAGGUCCAUGUCUUCGUUUAGCCCCAAUAUAACGGUACCUCCAUAUAUUCGGUAUUUUGAUGAUCGUAUAACGGCUAUAUUCGGUAUUUUUAAGAUUUUAACGGAUUAUAUAUUUUUUUUGAAAAUUGCCAGAUUCGUUCCAAAUGGUGGAGGGUAUUCAAAGAUCGGCCCGGCUGCACUUACAGAUUUUUAACUUGUUUAAGUUACUAAAAA